AUGGAGAACACGAAGCACGAGAAGUUCCUGCCUCUGCAGGCACUGCAUUUGCCCUCAGUGCAACAGCGCAAUUUGGAUCGUUUUGAGAUGAGCAUACGCCAGUCUCUUAGAGAACUAAGAGGGGUUGCAUGCCUCCACACCAGUAAGAGCUGGCUUUCGGGGGUUACUGCGUCGCUAGCCAGCUACACAGUUUGCCUUAGACAUUAG